AUGCAGAACCCCAUACGCCAAUACUCAUCAGGCUCUCUCGAUCGAUUUGAGCCUGUGAUGGUGACCCCAGUGAUAGGAAACGAAUUCACCAAGGGCACCUGCAACAUCGUCAAUGACAUCCUGAGCGCCCCGGAUGCCGAAAAGCGCAUUCGCGAUCUCGCAAUCAUGAGUACGCCCCAUAACUUUCUUGAACCAAACAAAACCCAAAACUCAUAUUUUUGUCCACUAGUUGCUGAGCGUGGCGUCGUCUUCUUUCGAGCCCAAGACAAUCUAACAAACGAUCUCCAAAAACAACUCAUCCUCCGCAUGGGUGAGCUAACCGGCCGCCCCACAGGCCACGGCCUACACAUUCACCCAGUAACAAACGAUUCCCGCGAGUUCGGCGACCCAGACCCGGCUAUCAGCACUAUCAACUCGGAAGGCCGCAAGAAACUCUACAAAGGAUCCGACUAUACUCGCAUGGCAGCUGUCUGGCACAACGACAUCGGCUUCGAGAAGGCACCUGCUGAUUUUUCGUCUCUGCGGUUAGUACAGCUGCCCAAGACAGGCGGUGAUACACUCUGGGCAUCGGGAUAUGAGAUGUAUGAUCGGAUAAGCAAGCCGUUCCAGAAAUUCUUGGAAACUUUGACUGCUACUCAUGACGGCGUGGGGUUCAGACGGAUGGCUGAGUCUGGUAAGUUCCAGCUUUAUGAGAAAGAGAGGGGUGCACCGGUCAAUGUUGGACCGGAGCUUCGUGCGGAUCAUCCUGUUGUUCGGACUAACCCCAUUACUGGCUGGAAAUCUAUUUUUGCUGCUGGAUCUUUCCCACUUGAGAUCAAUGGCUUGAACCGGAAAGAGAGCGCAAACAUGUUGCAGCAGUUCCAUGAUCUUAUUACCUAUGGUCAUGAUCUGCAGGUCCGCUUUAAGUGGAAUGACCCUAAUGAUAUUGCAAUUUGGGAUAACAGGAGUGUCUUCCACACCGCUACUGGCGACCACGAAGGAUUUGGACCCCGCAGUGGUAACCGCGCCGUUGGUGUUGGCGAGGUCCCCUACUUCGACCCAUCCAGCAAGUCCCGUCGUGAAGAUCUGGGAAUCAUGGAUGACCUAGCUCCUUGCCAUCUGUGA